AUUUCAUUGUGUGACCUUGGUGCUUACUGUCAAGCCCUUCAAAUAGCUGUUAGAUUUGGCAAGAUUAAAAGUUUCUGACUUGGAUAUUCAAAUAGUAAGGCGUUCUACUAGGAGAGUUUCCAUGUCUUUCUUAUGAGCUGUUGUGAGAUGAUUUUACACUGAAAGUUUUCAGUUCCUGCAUCUGGUGGCACAAAUGAAAUGUUGUGACAAUAUUGUAUGCUGUUCUUCACAUGAGACACAGCUUGAAAUAUUUUGAUAAAAUGAGAUGCUUGCGGAAAAGAUCAGCAGUGUCAUUCUUAGGAAUCCUUGUCGUUUGCUUGCUGUUCAUGAACUUGUACAUUGAAGACGGUUAUGUUUUGGAAGGGGGCAAGCAACAAAUCAGAGAAACAGCCACGCACCAGCUCAACCCAGAGCGUUAUGUUCACACUUUUAAAGAUUUGUCUAAUUUCUCAGGAUCUAUAAACAUUUCCUAUCGCUACUUAGCUGGCACACCUUUGCCAAGGAAAAGGUAUCUUACAAUUGGACUAUCCUCUGUAAAACGGAAAAAGGGAAAUUAUUUACUUGAGACCAUCAAGUCCAUAUUUGAACAGUCAAGCUAUGAAGAACUCAAAGAAAUCGCAGUGGUAGUACAACUGGCAGAUUUUGACUCAGCCUGGUGUGAAGGGAUCGUCCAGGAUAUUUCACAGAAAUUUGCACAUCAUAUAAUUGCAGGCAGAUUAAUAGUUAUUCACGUCCCUGAGGAUUAUUAUCCUGUACUGGAUGGCCUCAAAAGAAAUUACAAUGACCCAGAGGACCGUGUGAAGUUUCGAUCAAAACAAAAUGUAGAUUAUGCUUUCCUUCUAAACUUUUGUGCUAAUCUUUCUGACUAUUAUGUGAUGCUAGAAGAUGAUGUUCGCUGCUCAAAGAAUUUUUUGACUGCUGUUAAGAAAGUAAUUACCUCACGAGAAGGAUCCUACUGGGUGACUUUGGAAUUCUCCAAACUGGGAUACAUUGGAAAGCUUUAUCACUCUCAUGAUCUCCCACGCCUGGCUCACUUUCUGUUGAUGUUUUACCAAGAAAUGCCUUGCGAUUGGCUGCUCAUCCACUUUCGCGGGCUGUUAGCUCAAAAGGAAGUGAUACGUUUUAAGCCAUCUUUGUUCCAGCACAUGGGAUACUACUCAUCUUACAAAGGAGCUGAAAACAAGUUAAAGGAUGAUGAUUUUGAAGAGGAAUCAUUUGAUAUCCCUGACAACCCACCUGCAAACUUGCACACCAACAUGAAUGUAUUUGAAAACUAUGAGGCAAGCAAGGCUUACAGCAGCAUUGAUGAGUAUUUCUGGGGCAAAGCUCCUUCUAGUGGAGACUUCUAUGGAAUUGUAUUUGAAAAGCCCAUUAAAAUCAGUAAAAUUAAAGUUGUCACUGGAACUGAAGAUCGGCAAAAUGAUAUUUUACAUCAUGGAGCCCUGGAAGUAGGAGAAAAGAUUGUAGGCAAUAAAAAAGGGAGACAAUGUACAACUUACUUGAGACUAGGGGAGUUCAAAAAUGGGAAUUUUGAAAUAACUGAUGUAGAGCACAAAGUUCUGUUUGAUAUUAACUGCAUGAGAAUCCUUGUUACCAAAAGUCAAAAAGAAUGGCUGAUCAUUAGGAGCAUUAGCGUCUGGACUUCUCAAACACCAAAUCAGUAAAGCAAAGCCACCUGAGCAGGUACAAAGUGCACACAAUCAUCUGGGUUCCAACUGGUGACAUUCCCCAGAAAAACUGACACUUACAACUCUUCACUAAAGACGUAGAAAAUCUGGGGAAAUCACAAAACAAGUAAAGCAAUUUAUUUUUUACUAGUUUGGUCAGGCAAUAUACAAACAUUUAUUUGCUGAAAAUUUUGAAUUUUAUAGGAGAUCUUUAAACUCUUUUUUUAUUAUUAUUUCUCUGGAAGAGAGAUCUUGUGGACCAUACAGAACAAAAAACCAUCCUAGAGUUGCCAAAAGGUUUAAAUCUAUGACCAGUAUGUUGUGAAAAAAGACUGAAUUGCACCUUAUGCACAUAAAAAUUUAAAAUCUUAUGAUAGUAUGCAUUUGUACUGUAGUUGGUGAUGUGUUUCUUCUACAGGCAGUUGUGACAAGGAAAUCUGUCCUGAAACUGGCAGUUUCCUUCUGAGCACUGUAAGAAAAUAGUGUGGCUAAUCAUUGCAACUUCUUUUCAAAAGGGAAUGUAUGUAAAAUUAUAAAUCUGACAUGAAAAUUAUGUAAAAAAAGAGAUAAUUGCAUCUGUUAUUCUGUCUUAACAAAUAUCCUUUGUUCUUUUUUCUGGGUCCUUUCACUGAAAUUAGCAGUACUUUGAUUCUAUAUUACUUAGGGGACCAAUUUACUCUCCUUACUUGAACAAAAUGUCUCACAGUAAGCAAGGUUUCUGCUUGAGUACUGAUGUCAAUAUCAAACCCAAGCAACUCAAGGGCACCACUGUUCUCUUAGACAGGCAUCUUAACAAAUCCCAGAUGCAACAUUUUUUGUUCCUUCAUGAUAUGUAGAACUCUCCCUGAGAAAUUUGCAUAUAGCUGAAUACUACAGCAUGCUUUUAGCAUAACAGAAGACUUUUAUGUCUUCCAUAUAUACACGUCUAGUUUAAGUAUGAUACAAAUACAAACUGUACUAGGUUAAUCAAUUGGAUGUCAAUGUAAGCUCCAGUCUGCUCUGGGUGAUUUAUAGUC